UGUUCAAGCAGUGUACUCAGGGAUAAAUUACGGAUUUGACAUUUAUUUUAUAUUUUUCUCUGCGCUUUCAUCUAUAUGCAAUUUCUUGAGAUUGGUUGUUUUGCCUAAAAUUUCAUCAAACCCUAGUUACUGUUGCUCCGGGAUAAAGAGAAAUGGGUAAGCAGCCUGUGAGGAUGAAGGCAGUGGUGUACGCGUUAUCGCCGUUCCAGCAGAAGGUGAUGCCGGGUCUCUGGAAGGAUCUGCCUGGCAAGAUUAGUCACAAGAUCUCCGAGAAUUGGAUCAGCGCCACUCUCCUCCUUGGUCCUCUCGUCGGAACCUACUCGUAUGUGCAGUGGUACCUGGAAAAGGAGAAGAUGGAGCAUAGAUAUUGAAGUCAAUUUGUACUCAAUUCAUCCAAGAACUCCAUAUGUUUAGACUUCACCAGCCAAUAAAAGCUACUACUAGCUUUGUGGAUUUUGUAAUCCUCAUUUACAGAUGCCAUUUGUGUGACAUCUAUGUCAUGAGUUCUGAAUAUGACAUUUCUAUGAACCUUAACCAAAGAUGUUGAGAAUCCCGAAAAUAAUUUAGAUAAUACAUAUCUUGCAUGCUUUAUUCUCUA